AUGGACCAUCGGAGUUGGGAGCCAGCCCCGAUGUGCUCUGGCGCCCUACGCCCAAAGGUUCCGCUCCAAGGCGCCUACCCAGCCUCCCGCGGCUUUCAAAGACGCGUACAGUCUAUGCCAGCGCACCCCUUCACCUCUCCGACCGAUGCCGCCUUGCUAAUCCCCAGAGCCCCGCCCCGCUCAGGCGCUCUGGCGAUCGGCCUCGACCCCGUGCGUCACCCUGGCGCUUGGAUGGACGACGACAACACGUCGCUAAUCCACGACCGCGCUCUGGACGAGGUCUCCGACGUCGGCACAGGGUCUUCCACCUCCUCCACCUCCUCCCUUGACGGCGCCCUUCCAGAACUUCAGCUCUACGCCGGGUGCUCGUUGUGGUACGCCAUCGGUACCCUUGCGGGGUGCCCUCCGCCAGCUCGUGAAGACGAGCGAGCGCGUUGCGAGGGAGCGCCACGCGACAGCGGCGUCGCCGCGAGGACGGGGGAGAAGGGGGGUGGGGGGAGUCGCACCGAAAUCGACUAA